UGGUGUGCACUCCGCACCUCGGGAACGUUACUGCGCGUGGAACGGCUGCUUCUGGAAGACUGUUGCCCAGAAGAAAAGAUGUUUGGUUUUCACAAGCCAAAGAUGUACCGAAGUAUAGAGGGCUGCUGUAUUUGCAGAGCUAAAUCCUCAAGUUCUCGAUUCACUGACAGUAAACGCUAUGAAAAGGACUUCCAGAGCUGUUUUGGGUUACAUGAGACUCAUUCAGGAGACAUCUGUAAUGCUUGUGUCCUGCUUGUGAAAAGAUGGAAGAAAUUGCCAGCAGGAUCCAAAAAAAACUGGAAUCAUGUGGUAGAUGCAAGGGCAGGACCCAGUCUAAAGACUACACUGAAACCAAAGAAAGUGAAAACUCUGUCUGGAAACAGGUUAAAAAGCAACCAGAUCAGUAAACUGCAGAAGGAAUUUAAACGUCACAAUGCUGAUGCUCACAGUACCACCUCAAGUGCCUCUCCAGCUCAAUCUCCUUGUUAUAGUAACCAGUCGGAUGAUGGCUCAGAUACAGAGAUGGCUUCUGGCUCUAACAGAACGCCAGUGUUUUCUUUUUUAGAUCUCACAUACUGGAAGAGACAGAAAAUAUGCUGUGGCAUUAUCUAUAAAGGCCUUUUUGGGGAAGUCCUCAUCGACACACAUCUAUUCAAACCUUGCUGCAGCAAUAAGAAAGCAGCUGCUGAGAAGCCAGAGGAGCAGGGGCCAGAGCCUCUGCCCAUCUCCACUCAGGAGUGGUGACUGAGGUUUAUGUAGAAGGGGAACAAAAAAUGAUUUAAAUUUUGGAAAACAAAGCAACAAAAAAUGACCCUCCUAUUUUUAACUUGGAUACCUGCUAUUCUGCCAAAAGACGAUUUCUAGAAUAGUUUUGAGUGGGUUAUUUUUCCUCCAGUUCCACAAACUCUGAAGCCAGUGUCUAGCUUAUGAAAAGAAAAAAAGUGUACAUAAUAUUUAAGAUGCUGAGUAUUUCAUAGGAAAGCUGAAUGCUGCUGUAAAGUGCUCUUUAAGUCUUUUUUAAAAAUCCCCUUCUAAUGAAUUAAAUGAGGGGAAUUUCAGGGGACAGAGAUGGGAUUUGUUGUAUGAUAAACGUAUGUAGUUUUAGUCUUUCUAUAUUGAGAAGCAGUGGUUGGGGCAUUUUUUAAGAUGGCUGGCUACACUUGUUUUCCUUCACUAUAAUAAAUUUGUCGUAACUCAGUAAACAUGGACU